ACGGAGAACGUGAAGUCCCUCUAGCCAGUGUUUAUACACCUGAACCGCCAAGCGAGUGGUAAGAUCGGGCUUUUGAAGUUUGGAACAUUAUAAGCGGAACGCUGAUUCCACGGACGGAAUUUGUCCGAUUGCCGUGGCAUUUAGUAUCUGGGAGACUGGAACCCAAUGCGAACCUCUGCCUGGAAUUCUCCCAUACAAAACGAACCUGGUAGAUGGAGGAAUCGUAGGUCAUCAUCACCCCAGUACCCACUGAAACCUAUUGCACGCGACUGAUGUCAACCUGGGCCAAACAAACACGUGAUAAUCUGCGCAUCAAAAUUAAGCAUGCACCCAUUCCACUAUCGGACGCUGCAAACGGGUGCACGCGAAGUGAACUACGGGAACACAGUGUUAGUGAGACGGGACAGCGGCCAAUGGUGGCUGGGAUAUGUUCAGGAUACUGACGGCGACAACUUCUUCGUCGAUUUCGACGCCAGCACAGUCAACGGCCAGUGGAUCCACUGCAGCCAUCUCUGGCCACACCGUUUUUUACCUGAUACAGUGACAAAUUCCUGCGGCGUCUCUAUACACGUAGCACUGCGUGAUGAGGACUACGGGCCCAUGGUUUCUCGGUCGUGCACCCUCAUCGACAAACUGCAUGAUUUGUUUUACGCUGUGCGCAUCAACGAUACAAACUACAGCGGUUCGGCAGUCUUGCGCAUCGCCCAUAAAUGGCAGCUUAUCGGAAACCUACCAGCAGUCCGCGGCCAACCCAGCUUCCUCGGUCGAGCUAGCGGAUUCGUGUACCGGAAACAUGUCAUCGUUUUCCCCCAAGCGCAGAUGCUGGGUAGUAUGGCUACCUUGAGAGCUCUGCCCAGCUGUCUGCUGAACACGUGCCAGUUAGGGCUGGGGAGUGGUGAUGUGUGGUGUGAUGCCAGUUGUCAGUUCACGCUGUCAGUGGACUUCGAUAAAGCUACUUUUCGGUGUGCUACCGCCGACCAUAACUGGCGGGGCGCGCCGUACCAGUUCAAACUGGACUGCCGGAUGUUUGUACGCGUGGAAAUGGACACUGUCACAUUCGUGUGCGCCGAACUGCACGGUGACGCGGACGGUCGCAGUGUUUUGGAAUGAGGGUGCUCUGGAAGAGGCCUGCCACAACUGUCUCCUGCAGCAACCAUUACGGAAUGCAGGCAGUAUUAGCGCUGCUGACAGUGACGCGGUCAACUCAAAGGAAGAUAUUACGGAGAGCACGCGGAUCACCGAUCUUCCCCAUCCCAUCCUGGCGUUGAUUCUGCAAAAUAUGGACUUCUGCACGCAGUUGCAGUCGAGCCGGGUGUGCGCUCUCUGGGAACUACUGUUGCGCAAAGAUGUCUCUAACCGGCGCAACGUUAUUGUGGAAAUUGGGCAAACUCCCUUAGAACGUUAUCCAGAAAAAGAAGAUCCCAGUGUCGAAUACCAUAGCAGCGCUUACGCGUCUGACCCAAGAUAUCAGAGAUUCGUAUGCCGGCUGAUUCCGACGCUAGACCGUGUCCUCACGCAGCACACGGAGACGUUGACGCUGAUUGAGGAGGGCCCCGGGUAUGAGCGAUGUUGGUGGAAAUGCGCAUGGAGAUUGAUGACCAUGGUACGAGUACUGCAAGCCAAAGGCAUUCGCGUGCCGCUGCUGAUCGUUAAGAACGCUUGUGAUCCCAAGGAAAAAGGAGAACACGGCUUAACGCUUCUGGAACUGAAGCCAAUGAGCAGCAAUAACGAGCAGGAUUACGUGUGCAGCAUGCUGUCGCAAUUGAUGACCGUGUGCCAAGAGCUGCUGUUAAUCAACCACACUGUGCGAAUUCCUACGGGCCAACAUUCACCCAUAAUGCGGCUGUUUGGGAAUGACCCGCUGCAAUGGCCGGAUGGUAUUGAUGGUGGACAAUGGUUUCACGUUAUACGUGACGAUAGAUACGGCCCGAAUGGCCCACCUGCUCUGUUGGACAUUAUUAUUCCGCUGCUGCGCAUCCCUUCUACGGAUACUGCCGCCGAACAGCGGCAACGCUUCCUCUCUGUCCUGAACGACAACUGCCCGGCCGUUACUCCACGAGUACGCAAAAAGGUCAAAGCUGUGCAUGCCCGCUGGGUGCGGAAGUGGACAUAUCCCGACCGCUGGACGGCCAUCCGCGUCUUUCUCAACUUGUUCAGUGGCUUCCGCUCGGAUGACAGCCCGCGAUCGUGGGAUGCAGUGGAUCUGCGGAAAAUAGACAUUUCCAUGCUUAGUAAACUGGCCCUGACGAUACUGGAUGGAUACUACAAAUGCUGACGCAGAAUACUUGAAUGUUUUAGCGGAAUGCUGUCGAAUAUCGGCAUGGAAGAUGUUUCGUACACGAACUCGCAAGAUGUUUAUAAUGUUAACUGUAAGCGAUCGCGGUUAUUAUUUUUUUGUCGUACGGCAUGUGUCUGGCUCAGUAUCUUGUAUGUACUAUAGCGAUUCGUAUAAUGAGAACCUCUAGAGCUCUUCACUGUUUUUUACAUUCUGGGCAACAGACAAGUAGAAAUCUCCUCAUUGUUCCAGACAGAAGGUUUUUCUAAAAUUGAAUAAGAUUACUGUUAACAUAAUUAUGCAUUAGAAAGAUUAACGAAUUGUGCAGAUGUUAUAGA